GCUAUGAAGGCUACGACUACUACAACACCCAAACCACCGCCGCGAACACAGCGGCCACGUACAACUACGCCGCAGCUGCUGCCACCUCCAGCAGCUGGGAAACACCCAAAACUUCGGAUCUGAGCAUGAACGCCGACGUCGGCGCCGCCAUGCCCGUCGCCUCGUACGGUGCCGAGGCUUCGGCGAACGAGAACUCGGAUUCCAUCAUAGCCAAAAUCAACCAGCGUUUGGAUAUGCUGUCGAAGGAGGGCAGCGGCGGGACCGGGGAGGGGAUGGAAGACCAGGAGAGCUCUUUCAGAUUCGAGUCUUUCGAAUCGUACGACUCGAGGUCUUCGAUGAACGACCGCGACGUGUACCGAUCCGGCUACGAUUAUGGCGACGUCGGAACCGAUCGGAAUGAUUCCUUCGGGAGCCAGUUCGAUAACCGCAGGGAUCAAUCUCGUAACCGAGGAAACAACUACGGCCUCAUCCGAGGACGGGGUCAAAACCGCGUUCAAAAUCGAGGGCGCCUAAACGCUUUCAACCGCACCGACCACUUCAUGCCCUCCUCCAGCUCCGAGCGCCUCUCAGCUCGUUGGAACGAGUUGAACUACAUGGGUGGGCGUGGGAUGGGGGGGGCCGGAUCCAACAGGCUCCCUUCCCUCUUUUCCCAAGCCCUCGUUCCCGACUACGGCGACUACGGUGACUACGGCGAUUACGGCGACUACGGUGACUAUGGGGAUUACGGUGAUUAUGGCGACUACGGAGAUUAUGGUGACUACGGAGACUAUGACUAUGGCAUGAUGGGGAUGUCGGGCAUGGGAAUGGGACGGUAUGGGAAUAUGCCGUAUGGAAUGGGGAGGCAACGAAACAGAGACAGGAUGGGUACGGUGCCCUGGCACAUGAACGCGCUCAUGCCCAAGAGAAGAGGUUUCCGAAACCGGUCAGGAGGGCGAUCGGAUGGCGAGGGAGGACGCAAGCGAAAACAGUCGCAAAGCGGAGACGAGCCGGACAGCAAGCAGGCGAAGACCGACAGCGAAGGAGACGACACCGAGAACGCAGAUGAGGGCGAAGGAGAGGAAAAGUCGGGAGACGAAGCUGACAAAGGUGAGAACGGGAAUUGGGGCGAUUUGGAGGAAGCAUCUGGAGAUGGCUGUGAAGAUGACGACGAAGAGGUGAAAAAGAAGAGGGAGAAGCAGCGGAGAAGAGAUAGGAUGCGCGAUCGUGCUAUGGACAGAAUCCAGUUUGCCUGUUCCGUCUGCAAGUUCCGCAGUUUUGAGGAAGAGGAGAUCCAGAAACACCUCCAGAGCAAGUUUCACAAAGAGACUUUACGCUACAUCGGUACCAAACUCCCGGAUAAAACGGUCGAGUUCCUGCAGGAGUACAUCGUCAACAGGAAUAAGAAAAUUGAGAAGCGGCGCCAGGAGCUGACCGAGAAGGAGGGCACAAAACAGAAGCCGGAUCCUUUUAAGGGUAUUGGGCAGGAGCACUUCUUCAAGAAGAUCGAGGCGGCUCACUGCAUGGCGUGCGACAUGUUAAUUCCUGCGCAGAACCACCUUCUCCAGAGGCACCUGCGGUCUGCCGAUCACAACAGAAACCGCAGGAUGGCCGCGGAGCAGUUCAAGAAAACCAGCUUACACGUCGCCAAGAGCGUCCUGAAUAACAAACACAUCGUAAAGAUGCUGGAAAAAUACCUCAAG